CCAUCUCGUCCGUCACCUUCCGGAGAAACUGGUAACGGUUCUCAGUCUGGGUACGCAGGCGGUCUCCCGGAGCAAUGGUGCGAUUUGCUCAGCGUGGAGUCUCUUUUAGAGGAGCUAGUGUAUUUGAUGCAGGACGAAGACUUCUCGCGUAUUGAGACGGGCUUCAUCUGGCUGGACUUCCUUACUUACGGGCCGACGAAUGAUGCGGGUCGAUCGGCGCUGAUGGCUGCGGCG